AUGGACGAAUUACAUCUGUCAGACACUUUUCAAAGAUAUUUUUCCGAUGUUUUUUGCGUUUGUGAUGAAGAUUUUUCCGGCAAAGCUUCGUACCUUAAAACAGUGGAACUAAUUAAGUCGGGAAACGUCCCUGAGGAAGUAAUUAAUCAGAUAUCAGACUUAUGCUGGAAUAAACCAACAAGCUAUUUAACAAGAAAACAGUUUUUCUCGGCUUUAAAGCUCGUAGCGGCUUAUCAAGCGAAUAUCCCUCUUAAAAGUGAUUUAAUUACGCAAAAAAUGGAGCUGCCUUUGCCAAGAUUUACAUGGAACAAUUUAGAAUCAGAAAAUGCUGUACAUGAUUUGAUAGAGUUAAGUAGUGAAGUAAGUGACUAUACUGAACAUGUGGAUGCUACAAGUACGGAUUCAGAGGCUGAAAGUGAUACGUUGAGUUGUGUGAGGACGGAAUCUCCUGAAGCUUCAAGUGCUGCCUCCGACAGUCCUACUCCCACAAAUAGUGUACAAGAUAAAAGUUGGGCCCUUACUGGCAACUGGCAUGGGUUAGUUUCUGAAGAACAGAGACAAUUGUUGGGCACCGAAGAGGAAUCGUCGGACAGGCACAGCAGCGACGAGGACACCGAAGUGACCAGCGAAGUGUUCACGAUCACGACCGAACAGCGCGACUACUACACGAAACAGUUUCGGUCGCUUCAACCGGACACGAACGCGUUGCUGGCCGGCCCGGUCGCCCGCUUGUUCUUCGAAAAGUCCCGGUUGCCCGUGCACGAGCUGAGGAAGAUCUGGCAGUUGGCGGACGUGACGAAAGAUGGCGCCCUCAGCUUGCAGGAGUUCAACACUGCCAUGCAUCUGGUCGUCCUUAGGAGGUACCACAUAGACCUCCCCGACGUCCUACCGCCGUCUCUGAUCCCCGGAAACGAGACCCCCCUGUCGGUGAGCCCGGAAACGGAACCGAUACUAUCGCCGCAAACUAAAGAUACCGCCAAAGAGUGGACGAAAUUCGUCGACAGCCCGACCAGCUCGGUCUCCUCGCCCGGUCCCAAACCCGUCAACUUCGACUUUCAGAAAGUCACCUUGGACAAGGACCCCAAGCUGGUGCACCCGAAGCCUCUGAGGCUGACGCCCGAGGUGCAAACAGGACAGGCGGAAGACCAAGCCGACGGGAUGGACCUGCACAGUCCCAAGAAGUUUUUGGACUCCUCGAAUCUAGCCUCGUCAGUGACGCACGGGGUGGCCGCCAUGAGCCUGCAGCAGCAGCAGCAGCUGGCUCAGAACAGCGCCAUCCAGAGGCCGCAACCAAAAAAAAUCAACCUACCCGGUCCGGGGGCCAUUCCCCCGCCGCCCAACAGUCUGGGCGCCGCGGACGAGGGUCCGGUCAGCUUGCCGGCCUUUCCGCCGCCCAAGAAGGAGAAACCGCCGCCCCCUCCUCCGCGGCCCUUCAAGACCCACGGGAGGAGUUCUUCGUUGGAUCUAAAUAGGUUGAACAAGCCGGGCGCCCCUCCCACCGUGCCGCCGCGCAUCUCCCCCAGCAUCCCCCCCUCGAAAAAGCUGACCAACCAGCGCUCGGAGGGCGACUCGGCCCGACUCGACGACCCCUCGGCCGCCACGCCCACUCCCUUCGCCGACUUCGAUCACUUCGAGAAGUACGAGAACGUGCCGGACGAGGGCGUCUUCCCCGGCGACCUGUACGAGGCCGAGCGGCGCAAGCUGUUCGCGCAGUUCGCCGCCGGCGACGCCGCCGCCGCCGACCGCGCCGCGCCCCGCAGGCACGGCGCCUUCGAGAUCUACCGGCCGGCGGCCAGGAGCAAAGAGGCGCACCGCGGCGCCGACGACAAGUCCAAGUGGGACAGGUUCAGGCGCCUGCAGGAGGAGAACACCGUGCUGCUGAGGAUAUGUCAGGAGUUGAGCCAGGAGUUGGCGGACACGAGGGAGGAGAAGUUGGCGCUGAAAGUGCGGCUGGAAAAACAAAGCAACGGCGGAUAG